AUGCGUUGGCCGAGCCAGUUUCUUGCGGCUAACGCUGGUUGGCAGGUGCACUUUAGUCGUGAGAGAGGAUCAAUUCCCCUUACAUUUGUUGGCGAAUGUGGGGAAGUAAAAACGCGCAAGAUCACCAUACUUGGUCGACACCAAAGGUCGUGGUCGGGUUCGAACCGGCGACCUUUUGCGUGUGAAGCAGACGUGAUAACUACUACACCACAGGACCUCGGGACGUUUUAG